AUGGUUUGCAAUGUUUCAGUAGAAACACUCAAAAUUGUUGAAGAACAUUGUCCUGAAGGACUACAAAGAGCUCAAGGCCCAUCAGAAGUAAUGUCAAUUCCAGUUCUUUUGGAAGUUCAUAGAUUCAACAUUACAAAGAC